GCAGCUUAAUGAAAAUUACUUGUGUUGAGCCAACCUAACCUCUAAGAUACACAGACAGUUUGCAGGAAGGUUCGAUUAUGCGAACUUUACUGGAUCAAGAAAAACGUAUUAUCAUUGUGGAACGAUGAAAACAGAAAACAAAGGAGUUUUUGUCAUGCCGAGAUGUGCUCUGGUGCAUGGUAUUUUGCGGUUUCGCUAUAAACUACAUGUUGAGAAUCAACCUUAACAUUGCCAUAGUUGCUAUGGUGGUACCACGUCCUCAUCCAGCAAUUGCCGUUCAAUGUGCUGUUGAAGACGAUAUCAGCAGAUGGAAAAAUGUUUCCUCAAUUUCGAAUGUGACCAACACAUCGCUUCCGAUAUCAACAACAAUAUUACCUAUAAAUACAACGAAUGAAACUAGAUUCCAUUGGAAUGAGUAUCAGCAGGGUCUUGCAUUAAGUGGAUAUUACUGGUUGCAUUGGUUAACUCAACUUCCUGGUGGUAUCCUAGCGCGUCGUUAUGGUACCAAGUUUGUUUUUGGUAUGGCGAAUAUCAUGACUGCAAUGCUUGGAUUUCUCAGUCCUGCUGCAGCAAAGUAUGAUAUCAAUGCACUUCUCUUCAUACGUAUCAUACAAGGUUUUGUUGCGGGAUUUUCUUGGCCUGCUAUGCAUGCCUUGACAGCUAAAUGGAUUCCACUUAAUGAGAGAAGUAAAUUCGUCAGUGCUUAUCUAGGUAGCUCUAUAGGCGCUGCUAUUACCUAUCCCAUGUGCGCAAUUGUCAUUGACUGGUACGGUUGGGAAGCUGUCUUUUAUGUGACGUCUUUGAUCGCUACUAUCUGGUAUGUCUUCUGGAUUUUCCUUGUGUACGAUUCACCUCAGCAGCAUCCAAGAAUUGGCGAGGAUGAGAAGAGUUAUAUACUUGAAAAUCUGGCAGGAUCUGUAGCUGAUCGAGAGAGAAAUAUUCCAUGGAAAGCGAUUCUGAGUUCAAAACCUCUAUGGAUAUUAAUUACAGCCCAAUGGGGUGGUGCAUGGGGUUUUCUUACAUUAAUGACUCAGGCUCCAUCGUACUUCAAUUAUAUUCAUGGAUGGAAUAUUCAUGCUACUGGUAUCCUUUCUGGUCUACCACAUAUAACAAGAAUGGCCUUCGCUUACUUCUUCUCAGUUUUCUGUGAUUGGCUCCUGCGCACUAAAAGAAUGACUGUUUCAAAUGUUAGAAAAUUAGCAACUUUUAUGUGCUCUGGUGGUCAGGGUAUCCUGACCUUAGGUCUUGGCCUUAGUGGAUGCCAUCCUAUUAUGGCUGUGAUCUUUAUGAUAGCUGGUACAACUAUUAAUGGUGCCAUUUCUGCUGGACCAUUAGCAAGUUUUGUUGAUCUCAGUCCUAAUUAUGCCAGUGUUCUUCUUGGCCUCAGUGGACUGGUCACGUUAUGCGGAGGAUUCUUAUCACCAAUGAUUGUUGGAAUUCUUACAAAUAAUAAUCAAACGAUCGAGCAAUGGCGUUAUGUCUUUAUCAUAGCUGCCGCCAAUCUGUGGGUUAGUUGUAUAGUUUAUAUGCUUUUUGGCACUUCUGAAGAACAACCUUGGAACAGACAUGGACAAACAGAUAAAGAAAAAGGCGAGGAACUACAGAAAUUGAAAUCUAAAUCAGAAACCGGAGAUCAGAUAAAUUAGAAAAAUAGCGAAAAUAGGAAUUAGGAAAUUAGUAUUGAUCAUUCAAUUGGAUUAAGUGUGUGUGAGUGUAUAUAGUGAAAAACAUAAAUUGUACAUAAAGAGUAAGACCUAUAGGUGAAUCAAUCUAUGUGUAUCAAGUUCAAAAAAUAAACGUUUAAGUUAAGUAUUAA